UAUUGAGCCUUUGAGGGCCUAUGUUUCCUCCUAUUUGUUUCCAUGAUUAAAUAAAAAAUAAGUAGGCUUGUGCUUGAGGAGGUUACCUAGUUAAAGAAACAGGUGUUUAAACCAUACUAGCCUUGUGCUUGAGGAGGUUACCUAGUUAAAGAAACAGGUGUUUAAACCAUACUAGUUGUGGGCUCCGUUUAACGGAUGUAGAUAACGAUGAAGCCUUUGAAUGGAAAUGCGUUUGUUAUAUAGUAAUAAUUAUUAGGGCCUCAUCCACAAUAAAUGGAUUUACACUCCGACUACUGAGAUGGUAAUCCCGAAAUUUAAGAAUACCACAAUAGGGGUAAGGUUUAAGACCUUGUAAGUAAUACUGAAUAAUCCAAAAAGAAAAUAAUAACUGCAAUCUCAGCGAGAAAUUCGCCCGUUUUGGUUGAAUCCGUUAAGCCGCAGGUAUAUCACGCUGCCUUUUCUUGUAGAGUGGCCAUGGCCGAACGCAUUCCUUCCAGGUUCUCUGAUCUUCACCGUUCUGCUGGGCCAUGCUGGUGGGCCUCUUGACACAUAGGCUUCCGAGAGCACGUGGCUCUUCUGAGGAUAAUGGCGCGGUGACAUAAAGAGAAGACUCCCACGAUCCACACUUCUCUUAUACAGUCAACGGAUCCGAGGAUCGCCGCACCACCCUUGCUGUUCGUCUGCCGUGUUCAGCUUCAGAGGACUACAGAGGGCGUGCAGGGAUGAUGGCUCCGGAGGACGAGAGACGGGAAGCAGUCAGAGUGGAGCUGGAAAAGAGCCAGCAGGGAGAGGUUGUCACACCUGCAAGCAGCAGCCGCAGCGAGGGGAAGGCGCCUCUAAGCAAGUAUGCAUUUGCUUGUGCUGUCCUGGCUUCCAUGAAUUCAAUCCUCUUGGGUUAUGAUAUUGGCGUGAUGAGCGGAGCAAUUCUGUUCAUCAAGGAGGAUCUCAGGAUAAGUUCCACACAGGAAGAAAUCUUGGUGGGAUCACUUAACUUCUUCUCCCUGUUUGGUGCCAUGGUAUCAGGAAAGACUGCAGAUUGGAUAGGAAGGAGAUACACCAUGGUCAUAGCUUCUACCACCUUCCUCGUGGGUGCGCUGUCCAUGAGCCUAGCGAACUCCUUCGUCAUCCUUAUGGUUGGAAGGGCAGUCGCGGGCAUUGGUGUUGGGUACUCUCUGAUGACGGGGCCCGUUUACACUGCCGAGGUUUCACCGGCUUCAACCAGGGGAUUGCUCACAUCUUUGCCUGAGGUGUUCAUCACCGUGGGUAUCCUGGUGGGCUACAUUCUCAAUUAUGCUUUUUCCGGUCUGCCGGAACACCUGAAUUGGAGACUGAUGCUCGGAGUUGCCGGCAUUCCUGCUGCGAUGCUAAUAAUCGGGCUGAUAGCCAUGCCGGAGUCCCCUAGAUGGUUGGUGGCUCAAGGUCGAACGGGCGAAGCCAAAAAAGUGCUGGACAGAACUUCAGUGGAUGGCGAAGAAGCAGAGGCCCGGCUGGCGGAGAUAGUGGCAGCAGCAAGGCAGGAAAGCUUGGAAGCAGGCAAGAAGAGCGUGUGGAGGGAGCUGCUGGUGAGCCCCUCAAGAGCCGUGCGGCGGAUCCUAUUGGUAGCCAUCGGACUCAACAUCUUUAUGCAGGCAUCUGGGAACGACGCCGUGGUGUAUUACACGCCGGAGGUGAUCAAGGCGGCCGGCAUCCAAAAGAAGCAGCAUCUGGUGGCUGUGACCAUAAUAAUGGGACUUGUGAAGACAUCCUUUGUGAUCAUCUCCGCCUUGUUCCUAGACAGGGUGGGAAGGAGGCCGCUGCUGCUAACGGGCUCCUGCGGGAUGGCAGCGUCACUCUUCACGCUGGGCGUGUGCUCUAAGCUCAUCGAAAAAGCCGGAAAAGCUACUAAAUUCACCUGGACUAUUGCCCUGUCCAUUGUUGCCAUCUGCGCUGACGUCUCCUUCUUCUCCAUAGGGAUGGGCCCUAUAAACUGGGUCUACUCGUCGGAGGUGUUCCCGUUGAGGCUGCGAGCCCAGGGCUCCGGCUUGGCCCUGUCUGUCAACAGAGUGGUUAGUGGAGUCGUGUCCAUGUCCUUCCUUUCCAUGGUGAAGGCCCUCUCAGUGGGUGGAACCUUCUUCCUCUUCUCAGGAAUAGCAGCACUCGGUGCCCUUUUCUUCUACAUGUUUCUGCCUGAAACCAAAGGCAAGACACUGGAAGAGAUUGGCUCUCUGUUUGAGGAUGAAAGAGUAGUGAUUUCGUCAGACGCUUGUUGCUGCCGAAGGCCGGGGACACGAGAAAGUACUCAUGAACAGCAUGACAAGGAUGGCGUUCAUCCAUAAAAGGAGUUUAUGCCCAGGAUGGAUUGAAACCCAUUUACAUUUUCCAUUUUAUCUUUGCUUCCUUUGUUCCAUGGAGUUGCUUCCAUAGCAUAAAUGCGUGAAAUGUGAUUUUUUUGCGCAUGUAGGAUAUAUAAUGUGGGUAAGUUUUAUCAGAUGUAAAAUGAUUCAAGUGUGUAACGUUUAGUCAUGGAUUAUGCAAAGCCUGGUUGCUAAUAUGAAUAUAUCACAUGUCCUGAAUGAGUGACGACUCAGAGCUGUCUUGAAACCUCCUGUCUUAAAAUUUCCAUGAUAUUGAGAUAGGGUGUCGCUUAUGCAUUUCUUUUGGGUGUAAAGUGUAAACAGGUAGAAAAGUAUUAAAUAUAUGAGUAAUGGUAUGCAUUUUUAUUUCA